CUUCUUUGUGGAUUGCAGGGUCAAAUAGUCGUGUGAUAAAAUACUACGUACAUCAACAAUCCACCCAUUUUUGAUUCAUCGUACUGAUUCUGAAAGCUUCUCAGUCUGUGAUGUAAUUCACUGUAUGACAGUUUGUUCCUUUUUUCCCACGAGAAACUGGUAUUUUGGUGGACGCAUCGUCUAGCAGUGUGUGGAAGCCAUUUCGCGCGGGGAGACAAUGUCACGUCCGCGUUCGAGAUCCCCUAUAUAUUCAAGAAUUCCAACCCUUCAUGGGAGGAGAGCGGAAGGAUUAUUUGGUGACCAGAUGCAUUCAUCGGUACAAUCUGAUGCAUGGAGAAACCCUGAAUAUGUCAACAAGGUAGAAAGUAACACGCACUGGAACAAAGAUUCCUAUCAAGGAGAACAACAUGUCGACCACUGGGCCAAAUUUAUUGAUGCGAUAGAGCAUGCUCAAAAAAGAGGGCCUUCACCUAUGACCAGAUACCACAUGCAGGGUGAUGAAGAAAGACAAGCCCAUUCUCCAAGGAGGCUGCCCAGGGAGAGGUUACCUUCCCCCGAUAACACACGUUUUGGUGUGGAAGAGAAAUACAGGAUGCCGUCGCCAGGCUGGAACAGGAAUCAAGGCAUUGAAAAGGAGCUCAGUUCACAGCACAAUCACAGAGAAUCGAGGGACAGAUCUUAUCCAAGAUAUCAAGAAGGAAGAAGGCACAUGGAUUAUGGACAUCACAAUGAAGAACAUGGCGAUCAGUAUCAUGAAAGAGGCUCCUUCCCAGAGAGGUCAUCAAAGUCAGAUUAUAGGGAGCACCACCCUUCUUCUAAAGGAUUUUCAGAUUUGGGUCUCCAGAAUGAAUUCGUUGAGCCUCACAGGGGUUUCAGCCCACGUCGUGCACCUGUCAUUGUGGAACACGAUCAUGGAAUCACAAAACAAGAUUCGAGGAGCCGCGAUCCCCCGAAAACAAGUGGCUAUCCGAGGAGCAGAGAUCCACCUAGGCCAACUGAAACCCAGAGGAACCGGGAACCUCAUCGAGAUAGAAGAGACCAAGGUCAUCAUGCACGUUCCUUACAAGAUAGACACCCCGGACGACCAAAUAUUAACCCCCGAGAGCAGUCGAGGAAGAACUCCUCUUCUUAUGCAGGAGAAAGUCAAGGGAGAGAGCGACCAAAACACAUGGAUCAAUCUAGAAUGGAGUCACAUUCAAGAGACUCAGAAGGACGGAGGGAAAUGAAUUUGAGGGAUGUGAGUGAUAUUGAUUUGAGGAACAGAGAAAGAGGCUCUGUCCAUGAAUGGGAGGAAGAGAGACCACAACGGAAUCAUGGGAGGAUGAUGGGACAAGAGGAGGUUCGCCAAAGAGCUCCGUAUCACAGGAAUCGAAACGCUAAUGUUGGUUCUGCGCCUAGACUGGAUUUCAGUGAACAGGAGACCCUCAAGAUCAAGGUGGACAUGAGUCGCCCCGUUGGGCAAACCAGUCAUUUAGGAUAUUCUUCAGAUAGGCAGUUAUCAUUGGACUUAGUCAAUGUGGGUCGACAACGCCUUGAUUUCCUGCCCAUGCUGGAGCAUUCUGGGACUUUUAGGGAAUCAGCGGUGCAUACUGGGACAUUUGCCCAAGAGAUCAUCACCCUUGUGCAUCAAGUUAAAGAAAGCUACUUUAGGGGCCAAGGCAUCACACUUAAUCAACGAUUUGCAAAUGAGCAGUUUUAUUCACUCCAGGAUGAGUUUAAACAAGAAGAGGAGGACGAGGAGGAGGUGGAGAUGGGAAAUGUGAGACCAGUCAUGAAUAGGCAGCUCGGAAUGGCUUCAUCGAAAACUCAGAUCUUCUGCAACAUAGGGGCGGAUCCACUUCAGAGACGACAGCUUGUCCCUGACCCUAGUGACCUCAGAUAUGACCUAGAACGAAGAAGACAGCAGCGACUGGAGGGUGUGAAGAUCACCAUUGCUGGGGGAAGCUUAGCUCAAAGGGCUCCUGACAGUCAUGAGCGUGAGCUUCCCUACAUGAGUGACGAUGCUGAGGAGGCGGAAGAGAACUUUAUAUGGUCUGAACAAGAACGUGAGCAGCCAAGGCAGUGGGAUGGUCCUCGUCAAAGAAUGCCAGAACCUAGCAGACAAAACUUCAAUCCAAGGGGGAAUUCCAAUCGAACUAGAAAACCACGUGGACGGAGGACUUGAAAUAGUGGUGGCAGUGAGCAAGGAGAAAGUCAGCAUUUCAAAUCUGAGGUCACUUGCGCACGACACAAUGUUUUUCUGUUUUGAUAUUAGAACCACUAAGACCUUUAAAUUCUGAAGCUUCAGAUAACUUUAUGGACAUGUCACUGAUCUUUUUUUUUUUAUCCAUUUUUGAUUAACUUACUAUUUGUUUGAGACGAGCUGUUGAUUUAUAGAAACCGCUUGUAAACAUUGUUUGUUUUGAGGAUUGUAAAGAAUAAAAUAGGUUAUUAAAGAUUACAUAUCACCUUGGAGAUGUUUCCCUGCUAUAAUCCUAAAACAUUGCUAUUCUUUAUUGUCAGUAGACUAGAGUUUAGAUUUAGAUUUAUGAUAUUCCAUCAUUUACAAGGCACAAAUUUCAAUUCAUUUAAUACAAUUCAUACAAAUGCAAUCACAAAUUGCAUAACAGUAUGCAAAUACAGACUUUUUUGUUGUACCACCUACAUGUAUGAUGCUAAAUAGUUUCAUAUUCGCUGUAUUCUGCUGUGUGAACUCAAAGUAGCAGUUCUUCUGUAAAUAAAAUCAUUUGUUGCCUAAAUGUU